UGCUGAUUUUGCACUAAAACCCCGAUGUCGUCUUGCGUGAUCGGUCUUUUGUGCAUUCACAGAUGGAGCAGGAAUAUUGAUCUGUAGAUCCAGUCGAAGGCCUGGAGUUUGUUGGUUGUGGCUUAUUUGGAGCUCUUUUUAUGAGGUUUUGCACACGUUGAGGAGUUUUUGAAGGUGUCCAUCAUGAAUCCCAUGUGGAAAGUGUAUAAGAGUAAAGUGAUGAAGACCCUCAACCCAGACAUGGAGGACGACCCAGUGGAGGAGGUCAGUGAUGCUGCUGAAGACAUGACUCCCAUCCAGCAAGAUGACGCUCCCAGUGCAAUGUCACAACUGGCCAAGCGAAUGCAGGGGGCCAGUGUGAAGGGCUGGAAGAGUGUUUCAGGACUCUUUAAUAAAGAUGAUGAACACCAGCUGCUGGAGGCAGAGACGGAGAAUCAGCCUGUUGCAGAUCAUCCGCUGGCAGUGAAACCAGAGGAGCCUCCGAGACCCAACAAGCGCGCCAUGGGAUUCUGGGAUAGUUUCGCCACUAAGUGGCACCAGGCGGAGGCAUCGGUCGCCUCAGGAAUGGAGGAAGAAGCCGACGGCAGCAUCCAGGAGGUGGAGAAUGAGACCGGAGGAAGGGGAGAAGAUGGGGAAACUCAGGCUGGGCAGGAAAGCGCUGCCGGGGAAGGCGGGGUAAGCAACAGCUUUUCCAAGUAUGCGACACUGGGAGGAGACGAGGACACGCCAACCUUCAAGUGGAACUUUGUCACCAGUAAGCUGGCUGAUCUGAAGACCAGAAGCAUGGCCAAGAGCAACUAGCCAAUGGUCGAGAAGAGGAGGGCUGAUAAAUACAAAAAAACUAGAGAAGGGUUCAGUGCUUUAUCCUGCAUAUGAUGAUCACGUUUGACUGAACCAGUUAAGAAAACAAUCUGGCCUCUCUUGGCCUGGAUUGGUAAACCUGGAUUUCUGGAGGUGAAGUGUGUCAUUUUUUCAAAUGUUGUCCAAAUCUGUUUGUCCAAACGAUGGAAAAUGGGUGGAAUCUUACAGUGGUUGGACACCUGUGGUUUAAAAACAAAUUGAUGACGCAAGCGGCACAAAAAAUGACACGCUUCACCUUUAGGGAAUAACAAAUAACACAUCAGGGAAUUAUCAGACCAAAGAAUACAUAUUUGAGAUUGCAUUCCGUUACUAUUCAUCAAAAGAUUCAUGCAAAGAAUGCAAGCUAGAGUAAAGCUAAUUUACAAAAAGUACCAACAAUUCAACUGCAAUAUAUUUUCACGAGAAUAACAUCGAUAGAAACUACAGAUUUAUUUUUCAAUGAUAUAACCUAAUAAAACAUCCUCUAAAGCACCAGAACACGCUAACAAUAAGGAAACACAUAUGCGUUGUAUCCUGUGUGUGUGUGCGUUUUAUCAAGCACAAUACUUUUUGUGUAUUGGACAAAACAUUCGUGCAUUUGUCAGACAUUUUAAUUUAGAAGUCACUUAGAGUGCAUUUGGGUUAUACAUUGAACGGUUUACCAUGUUGACCCCUGUUAGAGAAUGUUUUAUAUCUUUAUUUAUUUUGUCUUUAUUUUUGAGGUGUAGGUUUACAGAAUAUGUGUCUGGCUGUAAUGCAGUGUGGUGUCCUUUUCAUGUUUCUUACAAAUUAUUUACAUCAAUUUAUUUUGUCCUUGUGUUCAAGGUGAUGUAUGCACAGUGUCUCAAAGGUGCUUUCUGUCUACUUCUAUUGUCCUUCUACAUUCAAACCUUGCUCUGUUUUUACAUCAUGUUAAAUGAGUUGUCCAGAUUUUUUGUUUCAUUC